CAGCGCCUGGGCGGCGGGGCUCUCCGGGGGCGGCCAUGGAGUCGGUGCGGGCACAGCGGCUCCAGCCCGGAGUGGGGACGCUCCGCUCCCUCCGCCCCGGCGUUACCGGUGCCUCCGCUCCCCCGGCUCCUCCUUCCGCCAUCCUGGCGGCUCCGCUGCCUCCCGCCGCUCCUCCUCCUCCGGCCGGGCUGGGGGGGCUGGGACUGGGGCUGCCGCCGCCGCCUCCCCCCUUAGGCCUUCAGGGCCCCGCCGGCAAUCGGGAGGAAGCGGAUAAUCCCAACACCGGGAUCGGCGCUUUCCGCUUCAUGCUGGAAUCCAACAAGGGCAAAUCCAUGCUGGAGUUCCAGGAGCUGAUGACGGUCUUCCAGCUCCUGCACUGGAAUGGCAGCCUGAAAGCCAUGCGGGAGAGGCAGUGCUCGCGGCAGGAGGUCCUGGCCCACUACUCCCACCGCGCGCUGGACGACGACAUCCGUAACCAGAUGGCCAUGGACUGGGUGAACAGGGAACAAACCAACCCGGGGGCUCUUUCCAGAGAGUUGGCUUCUACGGAGAGAGAGCUGGACGAAGCCCGGCUGGCCGGGAAGGAGCUACGUUUCCAUAAGGAGAAGAAAGACAUCCUGAUGCUGGCGGCCGGCCAGCUGGGGGGCACGCACCCCCAAAACUGCUAGACUCUUUUUUUGUCCCCCCCCUCAACUCCCUGAGCCCUCCCUCCUCACCUUAAAGCAUGUUACCGCCUCUUCCGGCCCGUUUGCACAUUUUAAAGAUCUUUUUUUUUUAAAAAAAAAAAGGCAAAAAAAAAAAAAAAGCCCUCUU